AUGAGCGAGGAUCUACAGGAUUUAGAAACACAACCUCUACUGCAACCACUACCAGUACCUGAAGAGGCACCAGCGGAGGCCACUCCAACUGAAACCCAUCGAAGGACGAGGACUAUUGUAAAAACAAUAUGUUCCCUUGCUGUUUUGGCAGUUAUACUACUGGUUUAUUCGAUCUCUACGAUGCUGCCCUCUAAGGAUGAAAUUCAGAAUUCGAUCAUUAAAAUGUCGCAAGUCGAGGUUCUUGAUGUACAACUAGAUGGUUGGACUGAUAAUGGAGGAGAAACACUAGAUAAUGAAUUCGGCAGAGAGUUACAAAUGUCGAGUAAUGUGUCCUUUAAAUUAGAUUAUGAUAAGAUGACCAUGGAAAGGAGAGAAUGGUUUGAAUGGUUAAGCCAGAAAGUGAUUAAAACCGUAUGCGUCGAUUUAAAUGAUAUGGAAAUUUUAGAUAGCGAUGCUGUGUUAGGCUCAGUUACUUUGAAGAGAAACCAACCUAUUUGUGUUGAUUUACGAAAUGAGGUGCUCACUGAUCUACAUUUGACAAUAUUAAUUGAACCCGAUAUGGAUAAUGUACUAAAAGUUAUUAAAAAGAUUUGGAAUCAUGAUUAUGAUGAACUGAAAUUGUGGUCUCGGUUAGAUGCAACAUUUUUUAAGUCCGGACAAUUCGGUACUCCAAAGAUCUCCAUGACAGAUUUGAGAAUUGAUUUAAAUAGUGUACUAGAUUGGGAAAGGGAGUUACAACCAUUUAUAGAAUAUUUUCGUGACAUCACCAAAAAUGUAGAAAUUGAAACCUUUUCCAUGACAGAUUUAUCUGAUGGAUUCUUCAUUCGUUCAACAUCUCAAAAAUUCCAACUUCCUAAAAACAUAAGUUGGCUUUCACUGCCAGAAGACGCCUCAGUGCCAAAACUCAGCUGGGACGUAAGACUUCCUGACUGUUCAGGUGAUUACACUAUUGAAUUAGAAGAAUUAGAAUGUCUCACAGAUCCACUAUUGAUUAGUGGUGAUUCAUUUACUGCUGAAAUUGAAGGCUCACUAAAUGGACCAUUACCAGAUUCUUUAUUGACUCAGGUGUGUGACGCAGAUGAACAAGACACAGUAACCCCACUAACGCUUCUACUAAAUAAAUUAUUAAAUGAAACGGAACAGCUAACAAUCGAGGUGAAGGGAUCCAUCAUCGAGAACGAUGGUAAGCAUCAAAAUAGUGAUUCAAUAAUACCAUCACAUAUACUAGACAAAGCACUAGAUUAUAUGUCAUACUUCCCUUUGAGUUCGAACACAACAUUUAAUACAAGUUCUUUAAUAAAGGAAUUUGAUAUUGAUGACUUGAAAUUAAAAUGGGUUCCGGGUCUCAACGGCGACAAGAGACUAAGUGUUGUGGGGACCAUAACAGGCUAUUUAGAUCUUUCCUUUUAUGAAACAGUAAAUGAACGAUUAUCAGUGAAUAAAAUUAAAGGUAAAUUAGACUUGUUCCAUAAUGAUAACCAUUUCUUGAUUAUCCCAAUGCCUGUUUGGAUUAAUUCCACAUCAACCAUCUUCCAUGAUGAAGGUGAUGGUAAAACUGUUAUGGAACUAACUUUUGAUAUUCAAAACAAUGAAAUAGAGGUUACUGACCGUUUUGAAUUGGGUAAAUGUUUUAAUGAAAUACUGUUUAAAGGAGAGACCAAAGUGCAUUUCGAAAAUGUAUUAGACAUUGUUGUGGAUAGUAUGUUGGGAGAAAUAGUUUUGCUUGGACUCCAGGGAGAAGGUGAUACCGUUGUACACUGA